AUGGCUCCUGCCUUCGACAAAUGCCCCACGAGGCCGGCACACAUCGACGCAAUACUCAACGGCCUCGAUCGUUACAACCCGGAAACCACCACCAUCUUCCAGGACUACGUGUCGAGUCAGUGCGAGGAGAAAACGUUCGAUGCAUAUGCCUGCCUGGCGCUGUUAAAACUGUAUAUACCAAUUCAACCCGCACCUCAUCCACCCGGAGACGGUCACCAACAUCCUCGUCAAAGCGCUGACCGUCUUCCCCUCGCCGUCCUUCAGCCUCUGCCUCGCCCUGCUCCCGCCGUCCACGAUCCCCUACCCCUCUCCGCCCUCAAAGGCGACGCCGCCGCCUCCGUCCCCACCACCGACUUUACCGAGUCGAUCCAGAAACUCACCCAGCUCUCCACCCUCCUCGAAUCCGCCCAGUACGCCCUCUUCUGGAGCACGCUCGCCUCCGACGACCUGUACGCCGAUCUCUGCGCCGACGUGGCCGGCUUCGAGGAUCUGGUCCGCAUCCGCAUCGCCGGCGAGGUCGGCAAGGCCUUCCGCCAGAUCGAUCUCGACAUCCUGGGCAGCUGGCUGGAUCUGGACGGAGAGGCCUUGGCCAAAUUCGCCACCGGCCCCUGUGGCUGGAGGAUCGAGGCCGGUAACCAGGUGCUCGUGCCGUCGAAUGCGGAGAAUGAGGCCAAGAGUGAGGUCAAGGGGGAGAGGGUCGGGGUGGAGAUGUUUGGCAGGGUGGUCAGGAGGGGGUUUGAGCAGCCGGCGUGA